AUGGGCAAUGCCUUCGAGGACACACCCACUAGCCUGGAGGGAUUCCCCACCCAGGCGGAAUUCGAGAACCUUCUGAACGAAUACAUCCUCUCGCUCUCCCCCAAGAAGAGGGACAAAGCCCUCAUCCCUCAAAAACGCUACGACAACAUCCUAGCUGUCCUCCGUGAUCCCAAGUGCACAACCAUUGAAUCCGCUCAAUUUAGGUUUUGGGCCAAGAAGAUGUUCCGCUUGGUGCCUGACGACGACAACGUUGGUGUUGUUUGCCACGAGGGCAAGCCAGUGGCCGUUAGAGAGCAGCUUUACAAUGUAUUGACAUCCUCUCACGGACAAGCACAACAUGGUGGGCGUGAUAAGACAUCAGCCCAAGUUCGCAAAUAUUUCUCCUGGGUCCCCAAGGAACUCAUUGCCCGUUUCGUCCGAAAUUGCCCUAGUUGCACCCUCCGCCGCAGUAGCCCUUUGGAAUACGCUGUAGCAAACAAUGCCCGCCAAGCAAUUGAUGCUACCCCCACAUAUAUCACCUCCUCCGCCAGUUCUUCCCAACGAUCAUCCGUGAGCUCUAUGAGUUCGCCGAUGAGCACGGUUCCUCCCAAUCAUCAAGUAGUGGCCCAGCUGGCCCUGGUGUCUUCUGCGCCCCCCUCAAGCCUCGUCCCUGCCACCGCAAACGCUCAUACCUACUCCUUCUCCUACCCCGAGAUGCCUCUUGACCCCCGCAUGUACGCAACUGGUCCUAGUGACCUAUCCAACUAA